CCAUCAAAGGCCAGGCCACUCUCCUGCAUCCAUUGCCUUGCUCUUUCUCCUCGUUGCUUUCUGGCUCUGUAAAGUUUCUACACGCAUUGGUUGAGAGCGAGGGGAAAGACCAAUGGCCAAGCUCCAGCUUCUACCUGUCGUUGCCGCUCUCUGCUUCGCCCUCGCCGGCGUCGCCCUUGCUCUUCCAACCUUCAGAAUUCAAGGCCGUGUUUACUGCGACAAAUGCCGUGCUGGCUUCGAAACCAGCGCCACCGACUACAUUGAAGGUGCCAAGGUAAAACUCGAGUGCAGGCAAUACGACACUGGUGUUGUGGAGCAGACCGCCACGGCCGUGACGGACGCCAGCGGCACCUACACGCUCGAGGUGGAGGACAACCACGAGGAGGAGAUCUGCGAGGUGGUGCUGGUGGAGAGCCCACGCCCAGGCUGCUCCGAGAUCAUGACCGGCAGGGAUCGCGCUCGCGUCCUCAUCAGCGCCGAGAGCGGCCUGACUACCAGCGUCCGCUACGCCAACUCCCUUGGCUUCCUCAACGCGGCGCCCCUACCAGAGUGUGGGCUUUUGCUCCAGAAAUAUGCUCUAGGAGUCGACGGCUGAGAGACCGAACAUUGACAGAGGAGAGAGACGC